CAAGCAGGGUCAGGGGGUUUCGCGAAGGACCUAAUUCAGCCCCCAAAGUCAAGUUUGCUGUGCCGCAUUGCUGCGCCACCGGACUCGCCGCCGACAAUACUCGAGAUUUCUGGCAUUUGGAUCCAAGAACAUUUGUGCCUGCCUGGCCUCCUCAAUCCGUCCAUUCAUUUAGGAGCGGUCCCCCUUUCUUGCGUGACCGGCCACCCUCCUCCGCACCUUUCCUGCUUAAUUCUCCAAACGCCAGACGUGACCGGAUGGCAACCACCAUCGGCUCUCGUGCCCGGCGUCGAGCGCGAGCAAACGCCGCAACGCGAUACCACCCAUCGACGGCAUACCUGCUGUUAUUUUACCUCCCGCUAAUAAUCAUCCCCUGGGUGGUACAAUGCUUGCUGGACGUCAAGCCCAUGACCCGGGCCGGGUCGUCCUACAUCGCCAAUCAAGGAGAGUACUCACCGAGGGACCUCGCCGCGGUCGGCAGUUGGAUGCGCGCAGCUAGGGUGCUUAACAUGGCUGCGGCUAUUCUGGCUGUGCCCACCGUUUCGGCCAUCCUGGCCCACGCUGCCGUCGUCAUGGUGCAUCGACGAAAUCCCGCCCGGCCACUGAACCUGCGAAAGCUUCUGUCCCUGGCCGACGACCCUUGGACGAGAAUCACGAGAAUGCCGGACGGGAGAGGUAGCCGGUUUGUCUUUUCUGGGCUCUCUCUGGUUGCACUGAGCGUCGUGAUACCACUAUUGCAGGUGGCACUGGUGGUCCCCAAGUCCAUUCGGGUCGCGACAUGCUACGAUACUCCUUAUUCGAUCAAUCCCAGCAUCGACUGCGUCAAUAACAGAUUCAGGAAGUACAUCGUUGCGGGUAAUGACGCAGAACCCGCCAUCCUCGAUGCCACCUAUGCCAGUUUUGUCGCGCAGAGAGUUGGACAUAGACUGGAGACGGUAAGCGAGCUGGACCCUCUACCAUACAUCUGGGAUGAUGAGACCCCUCGUGAUCGACCACUCUACACUAGUACUCCAAAUACACUCCGUGAGUAUUACCAGCGGAGUAGCGAGGACGCCAUUCACUAUUUCGUCUCCGCCCUCCCUCAUGGGACCAACACCGGCGUCCUCCGAGAGCACGCCUUACGCAUGAACUCGUCCACUGCGCAGUGCCAGCGCGUCUCUGCUGCGGAAUUUCCGGAGGCGUGUCCCGGAGAGCGGCCGUUUACGGGGGAAUUCUCCGGCGCGUUGAGGACGAUACGGUUCUGCGCGCCCGGCGCAUAUGACACCGCCCCGUGGACCUUGAGUCGAAACAGGCAAGAUAUCACGGAAGAGGUCUACUUUGAUAUAGUGGUUCCCAAAAACGAUUCGAUCGACGAAACUCUUCCCUAUAACAGGACUGUCCGCUGCGAGGUCAACUCGACGAGGGGCUACUUCGAGCUGCCCAACUACUACAAUGACGGCAUUCCUGAGCAACUACUCGACAAGUGGCCUAGCCCCCAGGAGAUGGAGAAAAACUUUAAUGACUAUUUUUCGCACGAUAUUAAACCGUCCGAGAGCGAUCCCCUGAGCGAUUCACUCCCCCAGUUCCCGUCAAGCGUGUACGCGUCGGACACGCACGGGUACGCUCCGGGACCCCUCAUGAUGUUCCUCGUCGGCGCCCUGGGCAACUCCAGCUUCUUCCGUACGGCCGUGAACGCCAGCACAAGCACACCCGCGGAACAGACAGCCGCAUACCUCCGCAUCUGCAGCACCGGCCUGCCCCUGGAAUCUUUGGAGUACAACGUCAAUGUCCCUCUCACCACCUCCGAGCAGUGCCGCCGAGCCGUAGCCACCUCCUUCGAACCCCGCGACCCGAGCCUCAUCCUUUCUGACGUCGUCUACACGUGGUUCGCCGCCCUCACCUACCCCACAAACGUCGAGAUCUUGGGCGCGGGGAUCUACGUCGCCCAAGAGCAGUACCUCACCACCGCGGCCGCUGCGGGAUCGUUUGUCGGCAAGUCUGUCUACACCUCGCCGGGCGUGACCAUCACGAAGCCCGUCGUUCCCCUCCCCGUCAAGGUCGCCGUGUCGGUGCUGCUGGGCAUCCAGAUCGUGGCGCUGCUGGCCUUGGCUGGGUACAUCUACUCGACGAAGACGUUCGGAACCCGCGUGGAUGCCGUGGCGGUCAUGGUCUUCGGGCUCAGGGCUCGCUCCAAGCUGCGCGGCGCGGCUGGCGUAUGCCGGUUGGGACGGGUGAGAGAGAGUGACCUCAAGAACUUGGAGAAGGUUGACGGGCUGGAAGUCUUUCGCGAGGCAGCGGGUGGGCCAACGGCUGCUGGUACUGGUGCUGGCCGAGACGUGGAGCUGGUUGAAGGGGGUGGGUUCCGGAUGUCAGAUGAGACCAUGUUGUCCGAGGUUUACGAUGUUGAUGCUCGUGGCAUUCGCAAUUAGAUGAGACUUGGUUUGGCUUCCUACAUGGAAACAGCCAAGGAUAUGGUUGUGAUACCCUUAACCAACUAAUCUAUCUCCCUGGCUAGCAUGUUGAUGACUAGAGGAG